AUGGAAAUGGAUAAGUUGUUCACACUGAGUUUGAGAAAGGGGAGAAUGGGGAGAGAGGAAGAUAUUAAAAAGAGUAAAAAGGCCAUUUUUUAAGAGGUUUGAAAUCAAAAAUGAUGAAAUGAGAGAUUUUGAGAGGGAGAAGGAAGAAAAGCAGAAAUGAAGGACUAGACGAAAUGGCUUGUUGUUAACUGGCAGUCUUAAAGAAUUUAGAGAUAAACAUCUUAGUUUGAAUUCUUCUUGCAACAAUGGUUUGAAUGAAGGAAGACUAAAAUAAAAGAAGGGCUACUAACUACGAUCAUACUCUUAAAAUACAAACUUAUUUUGGAAAUAAUGACUUCAAUGAUUAUCAGACAAGCAAAUAACAAUACUACUUUAAAUCGCUACUCCAGCUGAUUUGCAAAAGACACUUCCAAAAGCUCGAUCACAAAAGGACCAAAUUUCUCAGUUUCAUCCCUGACACAACUCAAAACACCAGUAAUCGCUUCUAAACCUAAAAUAUGUGAUAAAUAAAGUGAAAUUCAAUUUGAACCCAAAAGUUCGAGAAUGAAUUCGCAAAAGACCUACUAGAUCUUAUGAAAGGGCUGAAAGCCCUUCAUCUGAAGAAAUUUUUAAAAUUGCUCACCAAAACAGAGACAGAUUAGCCAGCAUGAUUUUCCACAAACAUAAGCCUGAAAUAGAAGUCCUGACCGAUUUUAACGCCUUCAAUCAGCUCUCAGCUGGGCUUGCCCAGCCAGAUAUAGAUUGGAUGCAUCAUAAGCGAGCCAAACUACUGAACAAUAUCUAUAACAAGAGAUAUUCAAAAAUACCACACCUCCCAGAUCCAAGGUCUCACGACAAGAUCUCCCAAUUCAUGUUUGAAAAGUUAGGAGGCUCAUUAUUCGAAGAAAAACGACUAAAAUAAGCAAAAAUUUACUCAUCCAGGUCAAAAUAUAAAUCCUGAAAAGACCAGGAGGAAGAUAAGACUUGUCCAGGACCGUAAGGAAUUGCUCGAAGAGUCCAAGCGGCACAGGAUUUUCCAAAAUAUGAAGAUCCGCCAGUACAAAUAACCAAAUGUUCAGGCACGAGACUAUCAAAAGUACAAGCCAAGUGUAUGUUUUGGAAGACCUGAAGUACAAUUUUUGAAAGUUGAUCGCUGAACGGUAUAUUGGGAAGAAGCAACAUUUUGAUACCAAGAAGAAGACACUAACAACUUUCUACAUGCUCUGCAAAGCUCUGGGCAAGCUAAAAUACAAGGCUAAGAAGGCAAGACUAAAAAUUGCCCGCAAACGGCUCAAGUCCUUCAUUGCCGCUCACGGCAAGCGAUGGCUUGCGAAGCGCAAGCUCAUAGCUGCAGAGCGGAUCAGAGGAUUUUUAGAGUUCAACUACAAUUAUGGCGAAACAUUUGACCUUAAGUGCCACAGAUACUUCAUGAAGGUAAUCAGGAUCCAGAGAAAUAUCAAGCUUUUCUUGUUCAGAAGAUUCAUAACAUAUGCUUCUAUGGACUGCCAAUGGACCAAAGCAGAGAAAACUCUGGUUAAAAGAAAAGAACUGAAAGUGAUGAAUAAGGCGAAAGCAGGUCAAAUAGUAUCGGUUCAUGUCAGGAAGAUUUAUUUUAGAAAAUAUAUGAAAUCUAAAAUCCAACAACGAGAGAUUUGCAAACCUAAAAAGAUGAACAGAGAUCUUGAAAUUGACAACAAAGAUAGCAAACUCAUGGAGCAAUUAAAAAGUCUAUAUGGGCUGGUGGAAAAUAAGCCCAAUCAUCGUCCUAGGGCUGUUGAUCAUAUCCUUGUGCCAUACCCAAUCAUGAAAGAGAUGGUACUCGAGGCGAUAGAGAACUGGGUAGAUAAAUAAUUUAGACAACUGGUUAAAAUCCUGAUAUAUCUUCAUAUUCCUUGUGUGAUAUGAUUUAUUCAAAUUUUAACCCUCCGAA